AUGUCAAAUAUUUUUUCUCCUCAUAACUUGGAAAACUUGAUCGAUCCAGUGGGUCAAAAAAAUUUGAGCAAUAUUACUGCAUAUAAGCUCUUCAGUAUGAACGUUCAACGAGAAGCUCAGCGACUUGAAAUUAAUACUAAUAUAAAAACAAUCACAUCAUUUUUAUGGGCUAGGGCUACAUCCCGGGAAAAGGAAUUUUAUAGGAAGAUGGCAAUUAGUGUUAGAGAAACAUACUUUGGAAUAUGCACCAAAGACCGGUAUAAGCGUCAGCCCGAUGUAUUGAAGCCCUCAGAAAUUAUUCAUGAAGUACCUGAUGUUGCAACAAUUAAUGACUCGUUAAAAAAGCCAUUAGCAGAAUUUUCAGAAAAUCUGGAAUCAUUCUUAAAAAAUAAAAAUGUAAAAAAUUUUGAUUAUUCACAAUUUGGAAAUCUUAAAAAUAUCGGAUAUGGAGGAUUUGCAACAGUAUACUCAGCCACCUUUCAAAAAGAAAAGUACGCAUUAAAAAAUUUAACCAAUAACCUGUAUGUGGAUAAACAAACACUUAAAAAAUUAGCUAAUGAGAAAAUCAUGAAAAUUGCAAACAAUGAUAGGGAGUAUAUCGUCCACAAUACACCGAUAGAUUAUAUUGAAAUUUAUAAACGAUGCUGGUCUUCUGAUCCAGGUCAACGCCCAAUACUUAAUGAAAUUUUAAUAACAAUUGAGAGACUCUCAGUAGAAACUUCUAUUGAAUUUAUUACGAAUACCGUCAUAGCAAAUAAUCAACUUACGCAGCAUAAAGAUGUAAAUAAAAAUUCCAAUACUAAAGUAGAUUUUGAAUCUUAUCAGCAUAUUACACCUUCGACAACGAAAAAAAAUGAUUCUGUCGUAAUGAUCCCAAAUGAUCUUUUUAGCUCAGAUUCCUGUAUAAUUAUUCCUGAUGAUAAUGCAUUGGUUUCAUCUGAAGACUCCGAUGAGCAAUAUAAUAGCAAUCACGAAGCUAUUAAAUCAUCUUUAACAACAGCCGAUCAACAGCAUAAGCAUUUAUCCGAAUAUUCAGUUUCUUCAGAUGGUACAAACGAAAGUAUAGAAGUGGCUAAUUAUUUUAAAGGUAAUCAAUCAUCUAAAAACAUUGUUAAUCAAUGUGUGGAACCUGUAGGAUUGCCAAAUUAUUUAUAG